AUUUUGAUUUUUUAGAUUUAAUUCAGUGAAAACCGACGGAGACGCAACGCCACGUUUUGCCAGGAGUCGCGAUUUCUCUCUAUAAAAAUCACAUCUUGACACUUGUGAUAUUCACUUACCAUCAAGCUAACUGUGACUGUGUGAGUAAGAUAGAGAGAGAGAAAGAAAAACAGAGAAGAAAGAAAAAAAAUGGUGCUAAAGGUGUACGGACCUCACUUUGCUUCACCGAAGCGAGCUCUGGUAACACUGGUCGAGAAGGGCGUUGCCUUCGAGACCAUCCCCGUCGAUCUCAUGAAAGGAGAGCACAAGCAGCCUGCUUACCUCGCGUUACAGCCUUUCGGUACCGUUCCUGCUGUUGUCGACGGAGACUACAAAAUCUUCGAGUCUCGUGCGGUGAUGAGGUACGUAGCUGAGAAGUACAGGUCACAAGGACCUGACCUUUUGGGGAAAACCGUGGAAGACAGAGGCCAAGUAGAGCAAUGGCUCGACGUGGAGGCAACCACUUACCACCCACCGCUACUUAACCUAACACUGCACGUAAUGUUCGCGUCGGUCAUGGGAUUCCCGGCUGAUCAGAAGCUGAUCAAGGAGAGCGAAGAGAAACUCGCGGCUGUUCUUGAUGUGUACGAGGCACAUCUAUCAAAGAGCAAGUACUUGGCUGGUGAUUUUGUGAGCCUUGCUGAUUUGGCUCACCUUCCCUUCACUGAUUACUUGGUUGGUCCCAUAGGGAAGGCUUACAUGAUCAAAGAUAGGAAGCAUGUGAGUGCAUGGUGGGACGAUAUUAGCAGCCGUCCUGCGUGGAAGGAGGUUCUUGAGAAGUAUUCACUCCCGGCUUAAAGAUGAUGUUUGUGUUCUUGUUGUUGUUUGUGUUUUUGGGUCUCUAAGUGAUGCUGUGUUUUUUAUUUGAGGUUUUUAAUAAAAGUGGAACUGUAUGCCUUCUCUUAUCAAUGUUACCUCUCUGUUCUGUUUCCUUUUGUAACUCCAACUCUUUGUGUGAGGCUUUUAACUAGAGGAACUUUGAUUACCACUGUCA